AUGCUUAUGAAUAAGCUGAAGCAAAUCAGACCAGACAGUAAAAUGUUCAAAAAUAUCAAUAAACUUUUGGGUGAUAAUAGAAAGACGGUGCCCGAACUGAAGGCAAGUGAUGGCUCUCUAAUUAGUAAUCCAUUCGAUAAAGCUAACGCCAUUGCUAAAGUAUAUGGCGACGUUCACCGACAGAAUAGAGAAAUGGGUGAUCCUGAUUUUGAUGUAGUCGUGUUGUCUGAGUUCAUUCAGUUUGCUGUAUCGCAACGGAAAAGUAAAGACCGUCCAAUUGUCGAUGCAAUGUUGAGUAGUAAGAUCCUCUUCAGUAUCUUAGUUUUAGCUGCGGCUGAGGCUUCCACAGCUGUAUGUACUCCUCGUAAUACUGUUAUCCAAACUCAUUACGAGGAAACCUUUUCCUAUUCCCGAAAUCCACACUGCAGACCCAGUAGAUUGGAUAGAGGGAUUCAGUGUUGUGAUGUUGGGCCAACGAUUACAGUUCAGGGAGGAUUGUAUUCGAAUUAUGAGCUCCAUUUUGUGCCACUGGCGUCAGUAUAUUACGUCGCGCGACUUGCCGAUGCUAUGGGAUACCAAAAUCGUUGUCCUACAAACACCACCUUCCUGAGAGAGUUGGACAUUCAAACAGCUUGGAGUGGUACUCGUGGCGCAAUUGCGGCAGAUGGAACAUGUGGGUAUAACAACCUCAUACGUAGACAAUGCAUAUUUCCAAGCGUCAAAUAUCCUUUUCUCUGCAAAGGAAUCGAAGGUACUCCAGGAACAUACGGAAGGCGGCUAGAAACACUAUCCUACAUCAGUAUACUGCAGGGUGCAAACUUAAGGUGGACGCUCUUCGUGCACUGUUGGAGAGCAAAGAGUCCAGAAAAUCCAAUGUCUCAGGAAAUUGCUACGUCAUUCAAUGUGUUUAAUUUGGAUCCGGAAUUUUCGGCCGAGGACCGAGCACUCGUCAUUGGAGAAUUGAAGAAACGAGGAUUCAAUACUCAUCCGUCGAAUCUAAUUGAAUUCGACUACUUGACCACGAAUUGCAGUUAAUUUUCCUAGGAAUUGUUUUCAGUGGUAGUUCGACACCUUCAUUUUGUAAUGUGUAACUUUCACUCACAAUCGUGAAAAUAAA